GAGCACCGCCGCGGGCCGGAAAUCACCCAGCUGCCGCUUCCUCACGCGAAGGCGUGGUGCGGGGCUGGCGGUCCGGCCGGAUGGGCGGUUGAGGAGGGAACGGAGCGGCCCCGGGGACCUUCUUUAAAGCGGCUAGGCCGCAGAGGGUGCGGGGGAGGAGGCUCGCGGCGCUAUGGCUCACGUCGGCUCUCGGAAGCGCUCGAGGAGUCGCAGCCGGUCCCGGGGGCGAGGGUCGGAAAAGAAAAGGAAGAAGAGCAGUAAGGACGCCUCGAGGAGCUGCUCAGCUUCUAGAUCCCAGAGCCGCAAGGCCAGCACCACUUCCUCUGGGGCGGAGGCCUCACCUUCUCCCUGCAUCACAGAGAGAAGCAAGCACAAGGCCCGGAGGAGACCACGAUCCAGCUCCUCCUCCUCUUCUUCCAGUUCUUCUAGCUCCUCUUCCUCCUCGUCCUCCUCUUCUUCCUCCAGCGAUGGCCGGAAGAAGCGGGGGAAGCACAAGGACAAGAAGAGGAAGAAGAAGAAGAAAAGGAAGAAGAAACUGAAGAAGAAAAGCAAAGAGAAGGCCAAGGUGCAGCAGGCUGAGGCUCUGCCGGGACCUUCGCUGGACCAGUGGCACAGAUCAGCCGAGGAGGAAGAGGAUGGCCCAGUCCUGACCGAUGAGCAGAAGUCCCGCAUCCAGGCCAUGAAGCCCAUGACCAAGGAGGAGUGGGAUGCCCGGCAGAGCAUCAUCCGCAAGGUGGUGGACCCGGAGACAGGACGCACCAGGCUCAUUAAGGGAGAUGGCGAGGUGUUAGAGGAAAUUGUAACCAAGGAACGACACAGAGAGAUCAACAAGCAAGCCACCCGAGGAGAUGGUCUGGCCUUCCAGAUGCGAGCAGGGCUGCUGCCCUGAGGGCCCCGCUGGCCAAAGCCUGCGGACAGCACUGGUGGCACAGCCUGGAGGCUGGCCUCAGGGUGAGCAGCAGGGAGCCCGAUGGGCGCUGUGUGCCCUUCUCCCACAGCCCAGCCUCCUCUCAGAUGUGGGGGUCACUGGCUUAGUCAGCUUCCCUGUCUCCUGAAAGAGCGCAACUUCCCAGCUAUUAAACGUUCCCUGGUUGGAGACUU